AGCCGACAAGAAAAUAAAAAUUUCAACAUUUUAACUACCUAGGUAUUUCAUCACUCCCGCCAGAACAUCCCCAGUUUCACCCCCAUAAUCUGCCACGAUGGCGUCAGAACUGAGCGCGGCGCCAGUGCUCUCAACGCCAGCAGAGCACACAUUUUUCGAAGACCCAACACCUGCCUCCGCGAUCGAGCAAGCGAAACGACCUCAUAGACCCGACCAUGAACUCUACGAAGUCUACGAGAUAGUACGGACGGUCGCUGAGGUACGGCAAAAUGGUUGGAAACGUAUAGCCCUACAAUUCCCCGACGCUAUGCUGCCCGAUGCACCUUGGGUUGUGGGUGCGCUAAGUUCGGAGCUGGAGAAAGAGCAGAAAGAAAAUCAAGAACAGAAACAACGAUUAUACAUCCUAGCGGACACUUCGUAUAGUUCAUGUUGUGUGGAUGAGAUCGCAGCUGAACACGCAGAUGCAGAUGGUGUUGUGCAUUAUGGCCGCGCAUGCUUAAGUCCUACAUCAAGAUUACCAGUGCUACACAUAUUCACAAGGCAAAAGUUGGAUUACGAAACCGUGGCGGAAGCGUUCGAAAUCGAGUUCCCAGAGAAGACGGAGAAAACGAUACUAAUGGCGGAUGUUAUGUUUCAAGAGCACGUCACACCUAUAUGCGAAUUAUUAAGUGAAAGGGGGUAUACCAACGUUAUCGCAACGGAAAUUGUACGAGACCCGACCGGAACGAUACCGAAUCGCAAACUAGUAUUCCCGGACGAAUCAGCCGAUUAUAACCUGAACGAAUAUCACCUAUUCCACAUCGCAACACCGCCAACCUCGCUCCUCCUCACUCUCUCCUCUCGCCUCGCCUCCUUACGCAUUUACUCGACGCCUUCCUCGCCCUACACGACAACCUCCGAAACCCCAGACCCAAGUACAACACCUGCCUUACUACGCCGCCGCUAUGCGCUUGUCAUUCGACUUGCGACAGCGUCCAUUAUUGGAAUAUUAGUGAACACAUUAUCUGUUAAAAAUUACAUGUCCACUAUCUCAACGUUAAGGAGUCAGAUCGCGGCUGCUGGAAAGAAGAGUUAUACGAUUGUCGUUGGUAAACUGAAUGCAGCGAAGCUCGCCAAUUUCGCUGAAAUAGAUGGUUGGGUGGUUGUUGGAUGCUGGGAAAGUGGGUUGGUAGAACAUGAGAACUUGUGGAAGCCUGUCAUUACGCCCUUCGAACUCGAACUUGCGUUGCAAGGUGAAGAAAGUAGGAUAUGGACGGGAGAAUGGUGGGGUGGUAUUGAGGGCGUUAAGGCGCCAGCCAUUACCGAUGGAAACGAUGAGCACAAUUUAGGGCAAGAAAAAGAGGAAGUCAUCGAAACAACGGGGGAUGUUGAAGGUGGUGUCGACGACGAAGAAUCUGAACCCCCCGAGUUUGAUCUCCGCACCGGAAAACUCGUGAGCCAUAGUCGACCGAUGCGACUCGCCAUACGAAGCGUACCACGAAGUGCACCCAAAACCGAUACCGUCAGCCUAAACCUAAAUCCUGCAUCCUCGGCCAUUGUUAAGCGAGCUGUUGGGGAUGUGGCCCUAGUCAAUGGUGUAGCGAGCCCUGGAGCAGAAUUCUUAAGAUCGCAAAGAACAUGGCAGGGUUUGGGCACGGAUUUUGGUGCCGAGGAUGACAAUGAAGAGAGCACAGUUGUUGAGGAAGGUCGAAGUGGAAUUGCUAGAGGGUAUACUGUGGGAAGUGAUCGAUUGCAGACGUGAUCCUAUCUUCUAAGCCCAGCUUGUUUGCGAGUUCGGUGCAGAGUAAAGCCACUUCAGUUGCAAAGACUCUAGUCCGGGAACAGGAACAAAGGAACACCGCAGGGCUUGUCGACCUUCGCACAUUCGUUGGCCAGGACUGGCGCUUCUGCGAAUCCGCCCCCGCCCCCGUCCCCGUCCGCCUCUAGAUCUGUCAAUAUCUAGGAAAUUCCAUCGAGAACGUAAGACUAUCUAAGUCUAACUAGCGUCGAGGAAAUAUGAACGGAUAUAAACGACCCGGCAGAUUUUGCGAUAAUCCCCGACGUCAGACCAGGUGCGUAUAUACAUGGUCAUAGUAAAUAUCUAGAAUAUUUCGUCAUAUAUAUGCGAAUCAA